UUGGAGCGCAAAGUUACGGUUAAUUUUGGGUACAAAUCGUCAAAAACAAUUCUUAGGAAUACUAAUAAGUUAUGAAAUUUUGGCUCAAAUAUCAACAAACUAUGAACUGUACAAUUUCGACUUGGAAGUGGACGAGGUCUAUACUAGUUUCUGGAUUUGAACAGGAUAAAGUGGUAUUGUUAUGGUGGUUGAGAGGGAGAGAAUGAAAGAGAGAUGAGGAGGAGAUAUGGUAAGAUUGAUGAUGGUGGGUAGAGCAGAUAGUGUGUGAGAAACAGAUUGUUUGGGGUGCUCACUGAAUUUAGCAUAGUUAACGAACUCUUUUUAAUUCAUUCAAUUCUUUUCAUUUUGGUUCGGCUCAGAUUGUCUGGGCCUCGACUCUGAAGUUAUGAAAUCAAGGUUCGAAUCAAUCGUUCAAAAUGGAAGCCUUGUCUUUCAUCAGAAUCUGAAGAUAACCCAGUUCGGCAAGCGGGGUCGAAUUGAAGAAGCUAUCAAAAUAUUCAAUCAAAUGACUCACCGCAAUAUAGUCACGUACAAUUCAAUGAUCUCUGCCUAUGCGAAGAAUGGUAGGAUCAAUGAUGCUCGUUGUCUGUUCGAUAAAAUGCGGUUUAAAAACUUGGUUUCCUGGAACACCAUGAUUGCUGGGUACUUGCAUAAUGACAAAAUUGAGAAAGCCAGUGAACUGUUUGAUAAUAUGCCUCAAAGGGACCUCUAUUCGUGGGCUUUGAUGAUAACUUGUUACACGAGUAAAGGAGAUCUUAAAAAGGCUAGAGACUUGUUUAAUCUGGUUCCUGAUAAGGGGAACCCAGUUUGUUGGAAUGCUAUGAUUGCAGGUUAUGCAAAGAAUAGACGAUUUGAGGAUGCUAGGAAACUUUUUGAUGAAAUGCCCGUCAAAGAUUUAGUUUCAUGGAAUUCGAUGCUUGCUAGAUAUACCCAGAAUGGGGAAAUGUGUGGGGCUUCAACAUUUUUUGAGAAAAUGGCAGCUAAGGAUGUUGUUUCUUGGAAUUUAAUGUUGGAUGGGUUUGUUGAGGCAGGUAAUUUAGAUUUGGCUUGGCGGUUCUUUCAAAGGAUUCCUAACCCCAAUGUUGUUUCUUGGGUCACAAUGCUAUGUGGGUUUGCAAGGAAUGGUCAGAUUUCAGAGGCUCGGAGACUCUUUGACCAAAUGCCAUAUGGCAAUGUGGUCUCUUGGAAUGCAAUGAUAGCAGCCUAUGUCCAGAACUGCCAAAUCGAUGAGGCUAUUAGGCUAUUCACUGUAAUGCCGGAGAAGAAUGCUGUAUCCUGGACUACCAUGAUUAAUGGAUAUGUCCGUGUUGGUAAGCUUGACAGAGCGAAGGAAUUGUUGGACAGAAUGCCAUACAAAAACGUUGGGGCCCAAACGGCAAUGGUCUCAGGAUACAUACAAAAUGGAAGAAUGGAUGAAGCUAGUCGGAUUUUCAAUCAGAUAGGUACGCGAGAUGUUGUUUGUUGGAACACGAUGAUUGCAGGCUAUGCUCAGUGGGGAAGAAUGGAUGAAGCUUCGAAUCUAUUUAAGAAAAUGCUCCAGAAGAACAUUGUUUCCUGGAAUACCAUGAUUGCUGGUUAUGCUCAUAUGGGACAAAUGGAUAAAGCACUGAAGAUCUUUGAGGAGAUGGGAAAGAGGAAUAUAGUUUCUUGGAAUUCUUUAAUUUCUGGUUUUACCCAAAAUAGGUUAUAUGAGGAUGCACUCAAAAAGUUUGUGUUAAUGGGACGGGAUGGGAAGAAACCUGAUCAAUCUACAUUUGGUUCUGGACUAUGUUCCUGUGCUAGUCUUGCAGCCCUGCAAGUUGGAGAGCAGCUUCACCAAAUUAUAGUGAAGAGUGGUUAUGUAAAUGAUCUGUUUGUCGGUAAUGCCUUGAUCACCAUGUAUGCCAAGUGUGGAAGGAUCUUGAGUUCCCAGUGUGUGUUCAAUGAAAUUGACAGAAUUGAUGUUAUAUCCUGGAAUUCGUUGAUUGCUGGGUAUGCCUUGAAUGGGUAUGGAAAAGUGGCGGUCAAACUCUUUGAAGAUAUGGUUGUCAAAGGGGUGGCUCCAGAUCAGGUUACUUUUGUUGGGGUUCUGUCUGCAUGUAGUCAUGCCGGUUUAAUUGAUCAGGGUUUGAAGUUGUUUGAAUCCAUGACUAAAGAGUACUCCAUUGAUCCUUCAGCUGAACACUAUGCUUGCAUGGUCGACUUGCUUGGCCGAGCAGGGAGAUUAGAAGAAGCCUUUCAACUGGUGAGCAAAAUGAAAAUUGAGGCCAAUGCAGGCAUAUGGGGCGCUCUACUUAAUGCUUCCCGCAUACACAGAAAUCUAGACCUUGCUAUGCUUGCUGUAGAAAAACUUCUUGAAAUUGAACCUCAUAAGACUUCAAAUUAUGUACUAUUGUCAAACAUGCGUGCUGAGGCAGGAAGAUGGGAUGACGUUGAGAGGGUGAGGGUGAUAAUCAAAGAGGGUGGAGCAGAGCAACAACCAGGAUUCAGCUGGAUUGAGGAUAAAGAACAGGUAUGUGUUUUUCUCUCUAAUGAUGGAUCACACCCCAGAACAGCAGAAAUCUGUCAUACAUUGAAAACUUUAACAGCUCAGAUGAUGCAUGCCUGACAUCAAAUAUUUCCUUCUUGACUUGGGAUCAUUGAUAUGAUCUUCUAUAUUAGGCAUUUUAUUCUUGUUUAUUAAUUCUUUUCAAGUGUAAAUGUAUUCUUAAGCUCUUGGAACAAAUCAUGCAGUUUAUAUAAGAGUAAUUAAGUAAUGCUUC